GUAGCAAGUACAAGCAGUUUACACUUAGUGUCAGGUCAGCAGCGUCACAGGUUCAGUUUGUUUAGAGCUAGCGGUGGGAAGACAUGGGGGUGAGGUAGUGUGGGCCCGGCUGCUUCACGACGCGGAGUGACCCCCCCGAGUCGUUAUACACAGCCGGACGGCUACCGGUAACCCGAGGCGGAGGGCUAGUAUUCCGGGGAGGCAUAAGAAUGGACGACAAAAAACAGCAGCAAGAGGAGGGCGAGGCCGAGAUCCAAGAACACGGGCCCGAGCAUUGGUUUAGCAAAUGGGAGCGGCAGUGCCUGGCAGAAGCCGAGCAGGAUGAGCCGCUGGAGGAGGAGGCCGAGCAGAGUCAGCAGAAGCUCUGGCAUCUCUUUCAGAACUCGGCUACCGCCGUGGCGCAGCUCUACAAAGACCGUGUUUGCCAGCAACAGCAGCAGGGCCUGUCACUGUGGGUGCCCUUCCAGAACGCCGCCACCGCCGUCACCAACCUUUACAAAGAAAGUGUGGAUGCACACCAGCGAAGCUUUGACUUAGGAAUUCAAAUUGGGUACCAGCGACGCAAUAAGGAUGUGUUAGCCUGGGUAAAAAAACGACGACGGACUAUUCGCAGAGAGGACUUGAUCAGCUUUCUAUGUGGAAAAACCCCUCCACGAAAUUCACGUGCUCCCCCAAGACUGACUGUUGUAUCCCCCAACAGAGCUACGCCAACUGAAACUGGCUCUUCUGUAGAAACUGAUUUACAGCCGUUCCGAGAAGCUAUAGCGCUUCAUGGUCUAAGUGGUGCAAUGGCUAGUAUAAGCGUUCGCUCAAGUACUCCAGGCUCACCAACGCAUGUUAGCGGCAGUUCCAACACUAGCCGUAGGAGAAAUGGACUCCACGAUGUGGAUUUGAACACUCUUCAUAUCAGAAGAAAUGGCCUCCACUUGGACAAUGGUGGAACUAGAAAGCGUACCUCAGCCCAGUGUGGCGACGUCAUUACAGACUCCCCAACCCACAAACGCAACCGAAUGAUAUAAUUCUACAGAAAUUGUAAAACCCAACAUGCUGCUUGAAAGCCACGAGAUCCU